AUGGCUGAAAGAUUUGAUCCAAUAAAAACAAAUGAUAGUGAUACAUUAGAUUCCGAAAAGUCAAGUGAUAAUCAUAAUAAUUCACAAGUAACUAUCUCAAAACAAAACAAUGACAGUCAAAUCAAUGAUGAUUAUCCUGAUGAUGAUCCAGAUAGAGAAAGAGAAAGAAUACGGCGGAUCACAAACAGUAGAUAUUCUGCCACUGCAAAUUACAUAGCAUUAACUGAUGAUGAUCUUAGAGAUUCUGUUCCAAGGUACGAAGAGCCUAUAAGCAAUUUAACUUUAAAUAAUAAUACAAUCAGAUUUCAAGGGAACCGAGUUUCAAAACCAGAUAGUAUUUCAAGUUAA